UAGCGUGUCUCACUGUCUCCGCUGACUUCUGGCAGGCGUGCUCUGCUCUGCGUAGUGAUGCCGGGGGACACUCGGCGGGUGCGGGGCCCGGAGGAAGGCUCUCAGAGCCCGGCGCUGUAUGCUGUUAAGGAAGAGGGGAAUGGCCGUCACCUGUGCCUCCCUGGCCCUGGCCGAUGCCGGCAUAGAGAUGUAUGACCUGGUGAUCGGGGUGGCCGCCUGUCGGGGAGACAACGGGGCCAUCCUGCUGGACCCGACCGAGGGGGAGGAGGAGUCCGCGGCCAACAUGUGCCUUACUGUCAUGCCCACUCUCAACCAGGUGUCAGGACUCUUCUGCACCGGGGAAUGGGAAGGAGACAGCCCAGUGGAAGCCAUGAAGUUGUGUAUGGAGGGAUGUCAGCGUCUCUACCCAGUGCUGCAGCAAAGCCUCCUCAAAUCUACUAAGAAAAAGGUCCCUCCACCAGAGCCUGAAGCCAGCUAAUCAAGCUGAGAUCACCAUCCUCCGGAUCUGAUCACUGGCACCUCAUCUCA